AUCUUCCACAUGACCUACGAUCUGGCCAGCGCAGUGGUGCGGAUUGUGAACCUGAUUGGGAUGAUGCUGCUGCUGUGUCACUGGGAUGGCUGCCUCCAGUUCCUCGUGCCAAUGCUGCAAGACUUUCCCGAUGAUUGUUGGGUGUCCCUCAACCGCAUGGUGAAUGACUCCUGGGGGAAGCAGUAUUCCUAUGCGCUGUUCAAGGCAAUGAGUCACAUGCUCUGCAUUGGCUACGGGCAGCAGGCGCCCGUUGGCAUGUCAGAUGUGUGGCUCACUAUGCUGAGCAUGAUUGUCGGUGCCACCUGCUAUGCCAUGUUCAUCGGCCAUGCCACAGCCCUAAUCCAGUCUCUGGACUCCUCACGGCGUCAGUACCAGGAAAAGUACAAACAAGUGGAGCAGUAUAUGUCCUUCCACAAGCUCCCCGCAGACAUGCGGCAGCGCAUCCAUGAUUACUAUGAGCACCGCUACCAGGGGAAGAUGUUUGAUGAAGAGAGCAUCCUGGGAGAGCUGAGUGAACCCCUCCGAGAGGAAAUCAUAAACUUCAACUGCCGGAAGCUGGUUGCCUCCAUGCCCCUCUUUGCCAACGCAGAUCCCAACUUUGUGACAUCCAUGUUGACCAAGUUGCGAUUUGAGGUGUUUCAGCCAGGGGACUACAUCAUUCGGGAGGGCACCAUUGGCAAGAAGAUGUACUUCAUCCAGCACGGGGUGGUGAGCGUCCUCACCAAAGGCAACAAGGAGACCAAGCUGGCAGAUGGCUCCUACUUUGGAGAAAUUUGCCUUCUGACCCGUGGCCGACGCACAGCCAGCGUGCGAGCUGAUACCUACUGCCGGCUCUACUCCCUCUCAGUGGACAACUUCAACGAGGUGCUAGAAGAGUAUCCCAUGAUGCGACGAGCUUUUGAAACCGUGGCGCUUGACAGGCUGGACAGAAUUG